AUACUCGAUCCAUGGUACUGGACCAGGUGGACCAGGUCCAUGGUACUGGACCAGGUCCAUGGCACUGGACCAGGUGGACCAGGUGCAUGGUACUGGACCAGGUGGACCAGGUGCACGGUACUGGACCAGGUGCAUGGUACUGGACCAGGUGCACGGUACUGGACCAGGUGCAUCUUACUGGACCAGGUGGACCAGGUGCAUGGUACUGGACCUGGUGGACCAGGUGCACGGUAGUGGACCAGGUGCAUGGUACUGGACCAGGUGGACCAGGUGCACGGUACUGGACCAGGUGCAUGGUCCUGGACCAGGUGCACGGUACUGGACCAGGUCCAUGGUCCUGGACCAGGUGCAUGAUACUGGAUCAGGUGGACCAAGUGCAUGGUACUGGACCAGGUGUACGGUACUGGACCAGGUGCACGGUACUGGACCAGGUCCAUGGUACUGGACCAGGUGCAUGGUACUGGACCAUGUGCAUGGUACUGGACCAGGUCCAUGGUCCUGGACCAGGUGCAUGAUACUGGACCAGGUGGAUCAGGUGCAUGGUACUGGACAAGGUGCAUGGUUCUGGAUCAGGUGCAUGGUACUGGACCAGGUGCAUGGUUCUGGACCAGGUGCAUGUUACUGGAUCAGGUGCAUGGUUCUGGACCAGGUCCAUGGUACUGGACCAUGUGCAUGUUACUGGAUCAGGUGCAUGGUACUGGACCAGGUGCAUGGUAUUGGACCAGGUGCAUGGUACUGGACCAGGUGCAUGUUACUGGAUCAGGUGCAUGGUACUGGACCAGGUGCAUGUUACUGGAUCAGGUGCAUGGUACUGGACCAGGUGCAUGGUACUGGACCAGGUCCAUGUGACAUUUUUAAUUGAAGGUCUGAAAUAAAAUAACUGACAUCAGAAGAUUUUUAAUUUGCAAAAAUAUAAUAUUUCGAUUCAAAUAAUAAUAAUAAUUUUCUGAGUAGGUGAAAUCAAGGUGGAAUCAAGGUGUGCAAUAUGAACCCUCCUGUUUUAAUGAGAUGAUCUACCUGGUGUUGGCGGGAGUCUGAUGG